AUGUAUCAGCCUCAGCAAACGAAAGCUAAAAUUCAAUUAUCGGAACCAAAGACAAUUAUUGAUUACCAGGACAAUUUACCAAAAGAAAAUCCAAAGACAAGAGAUCUUUCACCAGGUACACUUGAAGCAAUGCUUAAUGCAGAAUUGGAUCACUUUAUUAAAGUUGAAUCCGAAAUUGGACAAGUUGCAGAAAUAGUGGGUAACGUUAAAGUUGCAGAUCAUGAGCAACAAGUAGCACAAGCUAUAGUAUAUAAUGAAGAUGAGGAUGAUUCUAAAGAAAUGGAGGAACUUGAUGCAUUAGAUAAUGAAAUUGCUCGAUUAGAAGAAAUAUUAGCCUACAAACUUCAAUUAAAGAAACAGCAGGAUGAAGAAUAUUAUAGUUAUGGGUAUUAUUCAGAUUAUUCUGAUGAUGGAAACUAA